AUGAUCAUCGAGCCUUGGGCCAAGCGUGAAAUCAAUAUUGUUCUUCUCGGCGAAAUCGCUACCGGAAAGACCGCUCUGGUGAACCUCAUCGCGAACAUGUGUCCUGGUUCCACACUGGAAGACCUCGAGGAGAAGAUCGAACUCAGUAAUGAGGCAGGGAACAACGGAGGCAGUCAAACGAUCCAACCUCAUCUCUACAGUAUCACGUGUGUCAAUGGGCAGAAAGUCAAUAUCCUCGAUACUCCUGGUCUUGCUGAUGGCCGUGGGAUGGCUAAAGACAUCGAGCAUAUGAAAGCGAUCGUUGACGCCAUUAAGAAGAAUUUUCAUACCCUCGACGGGAUUGUCAUUGUCGAAUCGGGUUACUCGUACCAUUUAAGUCCACCGUUAUAUUCCACGCUGGACAAUCUAUCCCACUUGUUCCCUGAUUCUAUCGCCAAUAAUAUCGCCUUCGUCUUCACCGUGGUAGGACCACCCCCUGAAAAGCCUCAUUUCGUCACCACUUCGCUUCGAGAAGAGCUGCAAAAAGCACCCCAAUGGUCGAUUAACAAUCCUCUUGCGCUGUGGUUUAAAUAUCAGAAGAAACUCGCAGAGGGUUGGUCCGACGAAGAGCAUCCCCUAGAGGAAUUGCAUGAAAUGACUCAGCAUGAAUACAAACGGGCAAUAGAGAUGCUUUCGCAAUUGUUCCAGUACUUGGACAAAUGCAAGGCCCAACCUGUGAAAAGUCGAAGGGAAGAUGGGGUGUAG